GGCCAUCGCAGAUCCACACUACUGUCACCACACCACACCUACUUUUGUUCUCUCACCCUCUUCCUAUCGGGUGGCGACUCUCUCUCCCUAUUUCUCUUGUUCAGCAUUUCUUCUUGGACAAUACUUGUCUCUACUCACUAUUACUACUACUGCUCCUAAAUCUCGUUUCGGCUCUGAUUAUUUGUGGGUUCUUUGUUGGUAACUCCUUCCCAGGAUUUUUUUUGGUUUUCUGGACUCAACCAACAUACAUAUUACGGGAUAAAGAAACUUACACAAGGAAUGGGCUCUACGAACUGGUUUAAGUCAUUUGUUCGCCUAAAGAAAGUAAAGAAAGACAAAGCCAACCAAGCAAAGGGAAUAAAUGGAUUGAAGUUGAAGAAUGGGAAUCCCAGGUUUUUAGACCUUCCAGUUGAGGACGUAGCUGCAACACGAGUUCAAACAGCAUUCCGGGGAUAUAAGGCAAGAAAAACUUUGAGACAAAUGAAAAAAAUUGUAACUUUCAAGGCCCUGAUACAAAACCAAACAGUCAGAAAGCAAUCAUCAUCCACUUUAAGAUAUCUUCAUUCAUGGAGUAAAAUACAGGCUGAGAUUAGAGCUCGUCGAUUGCAUAUGGUGACAGAGGGCCGGAUUAAACAAAAGAAACUCGAGAGUCAGUUGAAGCAUGAAGCAAAGCUUCAUGAGCUUGAGGAGGAAUGGUGUGGUGGGUCUGACACAAUGGAGGAAAUUCUGUCUAGGAUACAACAGCGAGAAGAUGCCUCAAUUAAACGUGAGAGGGCCAUGGCAUAUGCCUUUUCUCAUCAGUGGAGAGCUAACUCUAAUCCGAACCAUGAAAAGAUAGCGUAUGAAGCUAACUGGGGCUGGAGUUGGGUUGAACGCUGGAUUGCAGCUCGGCCGUGGGAGAGUAGGAUUGUUGCACAGUCAAUCAGCCCAAAAAAUAUGCCAAAUAGGCCUGUGAGUAAGGUUGGUAAUAAAAAAAGUCCUACCGCCAAAAAACUUGUCUUCCCUGUUAAAUCCACUUUGUCCAAUGGAAAUGGAGUUGUGAAGGUGAAGAAACAACCUAAUGUGAAACCUGAAAAACCAGUCAUCAAUGAAAAGUCAAAUUCAAAUGGAGAAGUAGUGAGUACCUCUGCUUCCCAAACUGAGAAAACAAUCAUAAAACAAGAAAUGGUAUCUUAAGAAACUCUGAUAUGUGCGGUUGAAGAGUGAUUUUAUUUGAUCGUGGGUCUUUGUGAUGUGAGAGAUGGCAUUGUUAUUAUUCCUCAGGUGUUCUUCUUUUACUUUUUUUUUUCUCUUCUUCUGUUCUUAAUUUUUUUCUAAUGCAAAUCAUUUGUUAAGUGUGAACAAUAAAAGAAUAGGCACAUGUUGUUGCGGCUGGUCUGUAUUUAUAAUGUAAAUAGAAAUCCAAAUCUUUUUUAUGUGUGAAUUUCUUUUUGUUUC